CUAAAAUGGCUACUGCGGCAGCCAAAAUACAAACAGCUAUUAUUUGGUGAAGUUUAGCGCUGGCCGCCCGCAACGACAGCCUAACAACGUUUAGGCCCGGAUUCUGCCGGUCGCCAUUGGCCUCGUCUGAGCGCAGCUGGGCCGCCGGACGUUCCUAUUGGUCGGCGAGCUGUCAAUGAAACGACGCUGCGCUAAGCUUGUCUGAGAGACGCGUAUCUCUUGCGACCAUUGUGCACUUUUAGCCCCUCGUGUGGAUGUGUCUUUUUGGGUAUAUCGGGAGCUUUUUCUGUUAUAAUUCUACCGAAAGCAUGCGACGCGCAUCUGAGGACCGCGCGGAGUCGAUUCACAUGCGUUUUGGGCGUCGCGUGCGGAUUGCUAUGCUAUGCUGUGGGUUUUAUAUUUCUCCUGUGCAUCCACCAAUCGUGGUGCUGUAUGCUCCAUCAUUACGGCGCAUGAGAGAAGAGAAAAAAAUGCAACAUUCCACGUCUUUGCUCAUGUUUCAUAUCCCGGAUGUGAGAAUAACAGGGCUUGUAAUAAAGCAUGUGGGCGAAGCGAAACUGCAUGUGUCCUUGUUAUGUGUUGGGUUUUUUCCAUCUCAUGGAUGUGUUUGACGCUAUGGGGAAAUACAUGUGCGUCAAAUUUAUACCAUGGUACGUGUCCGAAUACUAUAGUAUUAUGAUACGUGUCCAAAAUACAUGGUAGUAGUACCGUGGUACUUUUUGUUGCCUUUAUGGUCUUUUGGAUCUUUGAACAUGUAUUACCAUGGUAUUGUUUGAAUUACCUUGGCGUUACCUUGAGUUUAAUAUUGUAAGUUUUUUGUCUCAGAAUGGUCCCACGACUCCCACCUUUGUAGCUGUUGGUGUAUUUAACUGCCCCUCAGUGUGGAUAACAGGUGGAGACACAAUGUCAGUUAAGUUGAAGUUUGAAAGCCCGGCUGAUGGUGGAAUGGUACGUCGGAGCCGUUCUUUCACCGGCGUCAACACGCUCGUUGGCCGCAGAAGACAUUCCUCUGUCCGCAGCUCUCUCCGCUCUAUAGCGGCGGCAGGAAAAUCUCCCAGAAUUCCCUCUUCUAGUCGUAUGGGCAGCAGCAUCUGGGGCCAGCAGCCAGAGCAGGUGGACAGAAUCUUCCAGGCCCUACGGAAAGGACUCAAGGAUUACUUGGAGAACCAUCAAACAGAACUGGAUUUCUUGUCAUCUCAGCAGCGGGACACCAAAAGGAACUCCAGAUUGGCUUUUUUCUAUGACCUGGAAAAGGAGAUUCGAGCCUUAGAGAGAUACAUACGACGGCUAGAGUUUCAGAUUAGUAAGGUAGAAGAGCUGUAUGAGUCCUACUGCAUCCAGUGGCGACUGUGUCAGGGCGCUUUAAACAUGAAGAGAGCGUUUUCUCUCUCUCCUUCUUCACGACAAUCCAGAGAGAGUUUACUAGAGUUGAGCCGAAACCACAGACACAGUCUGGAGGACAUGUCUGCAAUGGAAGGAGAACUAGAGAUCCUGUUGGGAGAGCUACAAAUCAAAAUGAAAGGGUUGAUAGGUUUCGCUCGGCUUUGCCCAGGAGAUCAGUAUGAGGUGUUAAUCCGGUUGGGCCGACAGAGAUGGAGAAUCAGAGGACGAAUACAGAGUGAUGACAAACAGCUGUGGGAUGAAGAGGAGAUGGUCUUUCUCCCUCACAUUCAUGCCAAUUUUGAGAUUAAGGUGACAGAGGUGAAGGGGCUGAGCUCCAUCCUGGUCGGCAUGGUAACAUGCAGGAGUGCUGAUUUUUUUACAUCACGAUCGCAGAUGAUGGUUGUCGACAUUACGGAACUGGGAACCAUUAAACUGCAGCUAGAAGUGCUUUGGAAUCCAUUUGAUAGCAGUGAGGUGAGACCAAUCACAGCAUCUGCCAGCCGACAGUCUAUCCACAGAAAGGGAUCCAUAUACAGCUGGACACCUCCCAACACGCCCAGUUUCACAGAGAAAUACUUUUUAUCUAUGAUGCGGCAGCUACAGGAUGCAGACAGCUCUUUUUCCAUUGGUUCACGUGAAUCUAGGGGCGUGUCUCUACUCAGCUACCUGGCUGACUCCACCCAAACUCUCAAUCCUCCAGCCUAUGAGAAGACGAGUCACCUGCCGCUCACACCCCGCCAAGAUACAAAGUUACAAGAUGAAGAGAUACUAAAGACGCCACCAGGAGAUGCUGAGGAGAGUCUGGAAUGGCCAUCAGAGACUGACACAGCAUCCCCCAGCCCUGCGGAAAGCAAGCGAGACUCCAUCUUCCUCUUCCACCGUUAUAGCACACCUGACAUCCUCCGUAAAAAUGCAAACGUGACCCCCAGCACAGGUGACGGAGAUGCACAGGGGACCACGGCCCCGGAUGAGACCGCCUUAGAGGAGCCCUCGUUCAACCAGGUACCUGAGACACCUAUCGAGAAGGAGAAAAGUUUAAGCAGAUCUCAGAGGAGAGCCGUGUCUGUGAGAAUCCGUUCCCUGCUAGAAGAUCUAGAUUCAGCGCUGCAGGACAUGAGCAUCGUAGAGACGGCGUUAAAGACACUUGAUGUCCAGAUACGCCAACUAAAUGAGGUGUUGAAGAAGGACCUUGACCCUCCACGGAUGCCCUCAUGGGAAACACUAGCUGUGGACGAAGAGGAAGUGCUGGGAAGUUUUGACUUCCUCUCAACAGAUUUUAAUGAAGAUGAAGUCUCAUGCAUGGGCAGUGUCAGGCUCAGACACACCAGAAUUGGUUUGUUCCACGAGAAUACACUGAGAAGUAUGGGUCUGCUAUCAGAAGACAUUAAUGAAGGACAGAUCAAACACAAAGAAAACAAUGUAGUAAAGCCAUCACUUAGUACGGGGGUCUACAGCCUCGACCAAGCCCUGGGCACCCACCUUAACAUCUGCAAAGUUCUGCUGGAGGCACUGAAGUGUGUUAGCUCUGAUCUCGUGCACAAACACAUCACAGAGGAGCUGUCACGGCAAACUGACUUGCUGGAAAAAAUCGGCGCCCUGUCUAAGAUGACAGAUGAGAUCUCAGCAACACAGUUGUUGUGCAGCUCUCCUAGGGGAAUGGAGGUAUUUUGGAAGGAGUGUUGUGAGAGUGACUCACAUUUCUGCUGCUCCACUGAUGGUUUUCUCAGGGCACUGCGCAAACAUUACAUUCACAAAGUCAAAGCCAAACAGCCUGGACAGACUGAUGCAGUUUUUGGUCAGCUGCUUCGUCAGGUUCAGUGCAGUUGUAUGAUGGCGUCUGUAAAUCCAUGCACUACAGACAGAGUGUCUGUGUUUCAACUGUUAGUCUACCUCAACCGAUGGAAUAUAACUGACUUUGGAGAGCACAUCUCGCAUCUCUCUAAAGAAGUGUAUCUGAUAGCCUGUCUGGAGAGUCCCAAGAGGAGGCGAGCCCUGAAAAAGCUGAAAGGGAGGCGGAUCUCCGAGCUGCAGCCGACGAAUCGCACGCUACAGCUUCUAGCCAAACUACAGACCGAUGCCAAUCACAAGGUGACCUCAGCAGCCGCUUCUUGUCUCAGGAGGGCCUCGAGAUCCAAAUCCUUCAGGACAAAGGCAGUGGUUCGCUAUACAGAUCUGUUGAAAAAGGGCAACGCGCAAGUGCAACUCGAGGCCUGUCUUGCUUUGAAAUGUCUGAAGGCUUCAGAAAGUGCAGAGCAGGUGGCCGAACUGUGGCUGUCCACAGACGAAGACCUGAGAAACGCUGCCCGUGAGACUGUGUUAUCGUUUGGUAAGAAAGGCCACAUGGCGUUCCAGCAAAUUGAUCGGAUCUAUGAGAUACAGGAUGAGGCUUAUAUGAACCUGGAAACUGAAAUCACAGUCCUUUAAAAAUAAAGGAAACUCAACUGACUUUUUAGGAGAAAACUGGAUAGUGUGGACGUCUCUACUGUGCAGGCUGUUUUUUUAAUGAACACAUUUUCCAAGUGUCUGCUCAUAUUGCCUAGUAUUUAUAUGCAUUGUAGUAUAUGCAUUAUUAUUAUGACAAUCCUUUGUAUUUUUAUGAGUGAAAUAUUUAUGAAAAAACUGUUUUCUAUGUUUCAUCUGUAUUAAAAUAAA